CCCUCUGCCUCCGAGUGCUAGCCUCCGCGCUCCUUUGCCUUCUCUGUUCUGCUGGCUCUUGGUAACCCUGGCGUUUGCCUGCUUUUCGCUCAGGAUUCCUGUCUGCUUCUUGUUACUGGAGCGCUACUCGGCAGAGAGGAGGCCAUGGCAGAGCACAGAGGAGAAAACCGAGGAUGGAGCGAGGCUCAGCUGAGGAAAUACACCUUCCCCACCAAGGCCAUCCCCAGGAUGUCCUGCAACGAUCCACGGGCUGAUGCUUUAAUAGACAAUGAGGAGCCAGUGGUGCUGACAGAUACUGACUUGGUUUACCCAGCCCUGAAAUGGGAUUUGGAUUACCUGCAGGAGAAUAUUGGAGAUGGGGACUUUUCUGUUUAUGUUGCCAGUACUCACAAGUUCUUGUACUAUGAUGAAAAGAAAAUGGCUAACUUCAGGGAUUUCAAACCAAAGUCAAGGCGAGAAGAAAUGAAAUUCAAUGAGUUUGUGGAAACACUUGGUAAAAUCAAACAAGGUGAUCCAAGGUAUUAUUUACAACAAACAUUGAAUGACACUGUAGGGAAGAAGAUUGUCUUGGAUUUCCUGGGUUUUAAUUGGAAUUGGAUUAACAAGCAACAGACAAAACGGAACUGGGGGCAGCUCACAUCCAAUUUACUUCUUGUAGGAAUGGAAGGAAAUGUUACACCAGCACACUAUGAUGAGCAACAGAAUUUCUUUGCACAAAUUAAGGGUUAUAAACGUUGUAUUCUCUUCCCACCUGAUCAGUUUGAUUGUCUAUAUCCAUACCCAGUUCAUCAUCCUUGCGACAGACAGAGCCAGGUGGAUUUUGAAAAUCCAGAUUAUGAAAGAUUUCCUAAUUUUAGAAAUGUAGUAGGAUAUGAAACAGUUGUUGGGCCUGGAGAUGUUUUGUACAUUCCCAUGUACUGGUGGCAUCAUAUUGAGUCAUUACUGAAUGGAGGAAUCACUAUUACUGUCAACUUCUGGUACAAGGGUGCACCAACUCCAAAGAGAAUUGAAUAUCCAUUGAAAUCCCAUCAGAAGGUUGCAAUUAUGAGGAAUAUUGAAAAAAUGUUGGGAGAAGCUCUGGGAGAGCCACAGGAGGUCGGGCCAUUAUUAAGAAUGAUGAUUAAAGGCCGAUAUGAUCAACCUUACUCAUAAAGUUUUUUAAAAAAUCAACUCUUUCUGCGGACUGUUCACCGAUGCUUUCCUCAAGUAAAUGGCGCCAGAGAAAGACUAAGCAUACCAUACCGUGAGCAUUGUGUGCCUGCACUUAAAGAAAUGCAGAAACUCUUUUCCUAUUAAAAAUAGGCCGCCAUCAAUCAUUGAGGUGAAUUUUUGUAUCUGCCAUCCAUGUGCCCGUUGGACUGAAGCCUCUGAAAAUGGAACUCUAUUGUCAGUUAAUUGGCACAUUUCCCCUGAAAUGUUUAACACUGAAUGUGUAUGUAGACCACUUUCCACCCAUUUAUAAAGGAUUUAAGGUUAUUUUCUUUAAACAAUGAAGAUCUUGUGCUCUUGCUGCUGGAGUAGUAAGAAUGGACUAGGUGCUGUUAGUACACGGCAUUUAAAUAUGAGGUUUAUCACUGUAGGCCUCUAUAUUUGGAUUUUUUAAAUCACUGGUCUGGAUUUCAUACCUUGUGAUUGUGAAGAAUUCAGUAACAUGGUCAGGCCUUAAAAUGCUUGAUUUGAAUUAAUAACGUGAUAACAUUAAGUACUCUAUAAUUAUAAAGUACUGUUGUCACUUGGUGAAACAAUAUCAAAAAAAAAUUCUUAAUGUUUGUCAUGGGACAAGGUCAGUGUUUUAUGUACAACACUGCCUCUCCUAAAAUGUGGGGCAAAGCAUCAGGCCAUGAAAUGGUAAAUGUGAUGUCACAAUCUUUAACAUUGUCUGUUGCCUCAAACAAGCUCCAUUGCUAUUAGUCUGAGAGACUAUACAAUGGAUAAGAUCAUUUUGGGUAAUUUUGUUUGCACUUAUAUAAUUUAACUUUUGGAGCACUCCAGUCCAUUUGCCUUUAUCCAUCUAUCUCUUAUCCCCUACCUCCGUUUUAUAUGCUUUUCUCUCAUUACCCAACUAUCUCACUGUCUUCACCUUCCUCUCUUUGGGUUUGCACUCCCGCUGCCUGUCCUGCAUUAUAUCUUCCACCCUAGACAUAGCUUAUAUAAAUGUCUUCCAUUUCAAACAUUGAUUUUCUACAUAAUAUUAAAACCAAUAAUAACCUUAAACAUACAGCACCUUUGCUGAUGACUCCUAUAGUUUUAAUAUCCCUAUGAAUUCUCUUUAACGAUAUAACAGAACUUGCAUGUCUUUCCUCUAGAACCUCUAUAUCUGCUUGCAAUGUAACAUUUUGAUCUUUUUCCACCUGCUGGAAAGUUAUCAACCUGAAAUAGUUAACUUCUCUCUUUACAAGUACUGUGUGACCUGCGAAGUGUUUCCAGUGUUUUCUCUCUUUAUUUUAGCUAAUUUAUUUUGCACCACUAUGGCUGUUUCAUAUUGAGAAGUGAACUGGCUGUAAAUUGAUUAAAACUUCGGGAAAUCCAUUUUACUUUCCAGUUGAACUAUAAUGAACUAAAAGCAAAACUCCAUAAGUGCUGUGUCUGAACUAAUAACAAACAAAAAUUGGAAACAAAGUCAAUGAGCAACUGCUUUUUGGACACCCCAAAAUAUCCUUUGUUUUAUUCUGAUGUGGUAACCCAAUUAGUUUUCAUGUCUUUACACCUCUUAAGCUAAUCCAUAAGACAUAGGAGCAAAAUUAGGCUAUUCGGCCAAUCGAGUCUGCUUUACCAUUCCAUCAUGGCUGAUUUAUUAUCUCUGUCAACGCAAUUCUUCUGCCUUCAUCCCUUAAUCUUUGACAGCCUUAUUAAUCAGGAACCUAUCAAUGUCUGCUUAAAUAUAUCCGAUAACUUGGCUUCCACAGCCAUCUCUGGCCAUUGGUUCCACAGAUUCACUCCUCUCUGGCUAAAGAAAUUUCUCCUCAUCUGUGUUCUAAAGAGAUGUCCUUCUAUUCUCAGGCUGUGACCUCUGAUCUUUGACUCUCCCACUUUCGGAAACGUCCCUCUAUGUCCACUUUAUGUAGCUCUUUUAAUAUUUGAUAGGUUUCAACGAAAUUCUGCCCCACCCCCCAUUCUUCAGUGAGUAGAAGCUCAGAGCUAUUAAACAUGCUGCAUGUGUUAACCCUUUCAUUCCUGGAAUCAUUCUCAUAAACAUCCUCUUGACCCUCUCCAAUGCCAGCACAUCCUUCUUCUGGAUAAGGGGCCCAAAACUGCUCUCAGUACUCCAUUCAGUCUGACCAAUGGCUUGAUGCCUCAGCAUUACAUCCUUGCUUUUAUCUUCUAGUCCUCUCAUAAUGAAUACUAACAUUGCAUUUACCUUCUGUGCCAGCGACACAACCUGCAAGUUAACCUUUAGGGAAUCCUGUGAACACUCCCAAAUCCCUUUGCACCUCUGAUUUCUGAAUUUGCUCUCUGUUUAGAAAAUAGGCUAUGCUUAUAUUUCUUCUACCAUACAUUUCCCUGCACGAUAUUCUACCUGCCACUUUUUUGCCCAUUCUGCUAAUCUAUCUAAGUCCUUCUCCAGACUCCCGACUUCCUCCAUGUUACCUGCCCUGCACCUUUAUAUCGUCUGCAAACUUGGACACAGAGCCGUCAAUUCUAUCAUCCAAACCUUUAACAGAUUAACGUGAAAGGAAGCAGUCCCAACAUCAAACCCUGUGGAACACCACUAGUCACCGAGGAGUCUUGACAACUGCCAAUAUUGUAAAUCUGAGAUAACAAGUGGAAGUAUAAAGAAAAAGCAUUGGAUGUGUGAUAAGGACAGUUCCUGGAUAUCCCUGACUGAGAAUUUUAGCCCAUGGUUUGGUGAUUUCUCUUAAGACUCAUUGUGGGGCUUGAGUAGGGAAAUCGCCACUUUAUGGAACAAGUGAGUUAACUGCACUGUAAUUCAAACUGGCCCCUUUAAAAGAUUAAAAAAGAGCAAAUAAAUAUGCUGGUUAAAAUAAAAUUAUACUUGACAGUGCCCUAUCUGCACAUCUUUCUCCCCAUUGCUGUUCCUCGGCCAGAGCUGAUUCAAUGGCGCUGCCUUCAUGGGAAAAAUUAAUAGCAUGACCCAGCAAGUUUACUUCUGUUUUUUUUUUGUUACUCUGAUAGCAGAGGAUGGCUAGAGCAGUAAUUUUGCACACAAGUCUGCAAGCUCAAUACAGAGCAGGACUGGAUUCUGUGACUUCUCUUUGGCUGUAAGGGUGUCUUUGUCAGAUAGCCCAAAUAGUUUAUAACUAUUGUCCAAUUGCUUGGAAAGCUUGGCUCUCACUUGAAGCAUGUUAAACAGGUCACCUCUUCAGUCGGAGAAUCAGUCACCUGUCCUUGAAUAGUCCCUAAACAAUCAGUAGCUAAAUGAUCAACUUUGUAUAGCUUGGGUUGUCAUUCAAAAUUUCUGCAAUUUUUAUCUGUGGUUGAAAACUACGUGAAACAUUAUCUGGUUCUAAUGAUCAGUGUGUUCAGGAUGUAAGAAGUGCAUAAGACUGAAGCUAUUGAUUCUUUGAUUUUAGUUAAAUGUUUGGUUUGCUCAGUGUCACUCAUUAUAUCCUGAUACAAGCACAGCGUCUGCUGGAUGUCAGUGAGUGGAGUUGGGUAACUAGUUUGAGAUCUCACCUGGUCAUGUAUUAGAUCUGCAAGAAUAAUAUCAGAAAGCCCAGAGCUAAAAGGUCAGGAGAGUCUUAACAGUUUGGGUGUCUUCUCUAAAAGACAGGUGGGAACUUGCAGAGUUCUUUAAAAUGAUGAAAGUGUUUUGAAGUGUCCAACAUAAUAAUGUGGAGGAAACUGAAAUGAAAGGUUAUAAUUUAAAAAAAAAUAUUUAGGAGAAACAUUUAAUUAUCUUAGCCCCAAGAGCUAAAUGCCAGUAGAAGGAUGGGGAAUGGAAUUACUCAAUUGCCUUCUGUAAUGGUGUAAUAUGAUAGCAGUUGAUUGUUGGACACUGAUUCUGAAAUUUGGUUCCAAUGAACUAAAUUUUUGGAGCAAAAUACAGCGCACAGCUAAUGCUAAAUUGCCAUUUCACACAAGUCUCUAGGACAGAUUUCUACAUGACAAAAGCUUCUAUUACAGCUAUUCUGUUGAUUUAUAUUUCUGACAUUUGAUAUCCUUUUGAAGAAUGAAAUGAAUUUUUCCCCCCACUGGAAUAAGGCGAAUUGAAACUUGCCAUUUUAUCUCAACAUAUGCUUGUGCAGCCUAGCUGUUGCAGAUUAGCAGUGGCGUUGCCUUCUACUGAGAGCCUUAAAGAAGGGAAUGACUGCACCAGUCAGGAGAAUGUGCAAAAAAACAGUUUCUACCUGUUUUGCACAAUAGGCUUGAUGGUGACAGAGCUGAGGAUAAUUCACUUUUCAAAGUGAAAUUUUAUAAGAGUAAGUGGUGUUUAACAGUCCCCAGUUUCAUGCACUCCACUAGUGAUGGAUGUGGAGCUUCAGCGGUUUGACCUUAACACUUGCCGAUUGUGAUUUUAACAAGACAUUAUAAGGAUUUGGUGUCAAAAUGAGAACACAGAAGAAUUUUGCAAAAAAAAAAUGUUUCUGACGUGUAAUUGCUUGUAUGUAUGAUAACCUCUGACUUCAAGUACAGUGUGAUACAAAUCAAUGAAGUUAAUUCCCCAGUCUCUUGAUGACUCAGCAACUGUAUCCCCCUUUGCUUCACAUAUUCAGAGUGCACACAGGAACGUACCAAACGGUGUUCAGAGUUGCUUCCCUUGUGAUUUUAGCUUUGAUUGUGGAAAGGAUGGUGUUAGAUUCCUGGAUUAGGAUGUAUUUACCAACCCAAAAUAUACUCAUUAUUCAACUUAUUACAUCCUUUUUCUGGGAUUUUAAGCAUUCUUCGUAGAAUUGUUGGAUACACCUGCACUGGUAUGUUUUGGCAAUGAAGACGAAUGCUCUUCAGUAUCAUACUGAUUUAAGUGAUUAACGCAAGAGGUCCUGCAGAUGUUGGAAAUCGAGAGUAACACACACAAAAUGCUGAAGGAACUCAACAAGUCAGGCAACAUCUAUGGAAAUAGAUGAACAGUCAAUGCUUCAGACCGAGUUACUUCUUCAAGACUCAUUGGAGGAUAAUUUUUUAAAACAUCUGUUGCUUCCCUCUUUCUUCCUACUAUGUAUCUUGCAACCCUAGAAAAUAUAAUUGCCCUUAAAUAUAUGCACCCGAUAUAUUUAAAUUAAUUCCCUGCACAAAAUGCUCCAACUCUGUUAGUUUGCUGUAAUUUUGUUGAUACGAGUAAAUUGUCCAAAACAUGAAAUAAUUAAAAUCAGUAUCAGUAGUUGCUGUGUUCGUGUCUUCAAUCAAGUCAUUGUUGAUCUAGACAUUGGGAAUCAUACCUGUCUUUGGUGACCUUAGCAAGAGCUACUGAACUUUACUCAACCAAAUCGGCCAGGUCAAGUAAUUAUUUAUUUAUUUGUUGAGGUACAGCAGGAAAUAGGCCUUUCCAGCUCUUCGAGCCACGCCACCCAGCAAUCUCCAAAUUUAAUCCUGGGACAAUUUACAAUGCCCAUUUUACCUACCGACCAGUGUGUCUUUGGACAAUGUGAGGAAACCAGAGCAUCCAGAAGAAACCCAUGCAGUUAUGGGGAGAAUGUACAGGCAGUGGCAGCAUUUGAACCCGGAUCGUUGGUGCUACUGUGUCGUCCCAUAUACUGAGUACAUAGAGCAUAAAAAAUUGCAGCACAGUACAGGCCCUUUGGCCCAUAAUGUUGUGUUAAUUGUUUUAACCUCUGAUCAAUUUAGCCCUUUCCUCCCACAUACAUUCAUACAUGACCUGACAGAGUAGAUUCGGAAACCCAUGCAGUUAACAGUUGAGGCCAGUUCAUUGGCUAUAUUUAAGAGGGAGUUAGAUAUGACCCUUGCGGCUAAAGGGAUCGGGGGUAUGGGGGGAAGGCUGGUACAGGGUUCUGAGUUGGAUGAUCAGCCAUGAUCAUACUGAAUGGCGGUGCAGGCUCAAAGGGCCGAAUGGCCUACUCCUGCACCUAUUUUCUAUGUUUCUAUGAAACAAUGUUUCACUUGGUUGAGAUGUCUGGAAUCAAAGGUCAGUCUCAAAAUAAAGGGCCAGUAUUUUGGGAAGACAUAAGAAUCUUUUGAAUUCUCGCCCCAAGUGGGCCCGAGGGCCUCAGUCACUUAUAGCCAGGAAAGAAGCAGAGUUUUGAAUAUUUAGGGAAGUGAGACUGUGGAGUUGGUGCAGUAAGUAGUGUUGAGAUCAAUGAUCAGCCAAGAUAGUCUUGAAUGGUGGAGUACAAAGAAUCACGUGGUCUUUUCCUGCUUAGACGUUAAGCUUUUACUUUCGUAGCUACUGAGUUAAUAAGCAGUUUCAAGCAAAACUAAUGUCUUUUAUUCAGCUAGCAACUUCAGCUCACACAAGUGGGAGAUGGGGACCACCAUAGAAGUUUGCAACUGCGAUUUGGUUGAAGUUGGAAACAACUUCAGGGGUUUGCAUGGAUGGAGUGAACAUGAACUAAGUCUAAGGAUGAACCUCUAUUCUAAAGUUGUGCAUGAUUCAUUUCCAGUGGAGAUUCAGAAAACAAAAUUCAAGCCAGCUGAACAGAGUAAGAGAACCCUCAAAUCCAGCACCACACGGGACAAAAAGUUGAUUCAGCACCAAAACAUUUUUCAAAUUCUUCCAGAUCUUCUCACAAGUUUAAGAUUAGAUAUCUAGUUGCUUAUUAAAUGUGUAUUAUAUAUUUUUCUAAAUGGCAGGAACACAAUUUAAUACUUGUUUAAGAACGGAACAUGCUGUUCUCUCCUUGUCCUGUAGUUUAUAUUGUCAUCCAGUUAAACUGGAGAUUUGCGUACUGUUCCUGCUUUGCAACAAUGUGAUAAUCUCACAAACAGACACUCCGUUGGCAACAACACUUGUGAGCUGCCAUAAAU